AUUCUCCUCAUACACUGAGGAUCUCCGCAGAACAUGGGGAGGAAAAAGAUCCAGAUCCAGAGGAUCACGGACGAAAGGAACCGUCAGGUGACAUUCACCAAACGGAAGUUUGGGUUGAUGAAGAAAGCCUACGAACUCAGCGUCCUGUGCGACUGCGAGAUUGCCCUGAUCAUUUUCAACCAUUCGAACAAACUGUUCCAGUAUGCCAGCACUGACAUGGACAAGGUGCUUCUGAAAUAUACGGAGUACAACGAACCCCACGAGAGCCGGACCAACGCAGAUAUCAUUGAGACCUUAAGAAAGAAAGGUUUUAACGGCUGUGACAGCCCGGAACCCGACGGUGAUGAUUCCAUCGACCAGAGCCCGCUGAUGGAGGACAAAUACCGCAAAGCCAGCGAGGAUCUUGAUAUUCUGUUCAAGCGCUACGGCUCUGCAGUUCCGGCGCCCAAUUUUGCCAUGCCCGUGACGGUUCCAGUGACCAACCAGAACACGCUGCAGUUCAGCAACCCUGGAGGCUCCUUGGUGACUCAGUCUCUGGUGACCUCUUCGUUGACUGACCCACGGCUCCUGUCGCCGCAGCAACCAGCCCUCCAGCGGAACACAGUUUCCCCAGGCUUACCACAGCGACCAGCCAGCGCGGGGGCAAUGCUCGGAGGAGACUUGAACAACACAAACGGCGCCUGCCCAAGCCCAGUGGGUAACGGUUACGUCAGUGCCAGAGCCUCCCCUGGUCUCCUCCCUGUGUCCAAUGGCAACAGCUUGGGCAAGGCCAUCCCGGCGAAAUCGCCACCUCCUCCGCCACCACCCUCCCACGGCACCCAGUUGGCCGCCAACAACCGCAAACCAGACUUGCGCGUCAUCACUUCACAGAGCGGGAAGGGACUCAUGCAUCACUUGCAGAACACUCAGAGGCUCGUUGUGUCCCAAGCGACACAUUCUUUGACCACGCCAGUCGUUUCCGUGGCUACUCCGAGUCUCCUGACCCAGGGCUUGCCCUUCUCGGCUAUGCCCACGGCAUACAACACAGACUAUCAGCUGACCAGCGCAGACCUGUCAUCCCUCCCAGCUUUCAGCUCGCCGGGAGGUCUGUCUCUUGGCAACAUCUCUGCUUGGCAGCAGCAACAGCAGCAGCAGCAACAGCAGCAGCAACAGCAGCAACAGCAGCAUCAGCAUCAUCUUGUUCCCGUAUCGCUAAGCAACUUAAUACAAGGAAGCCACCUGUCUCAUGCCACCACAUUGACCGUCAACACCAACCCAAACAUCAGUAUCAAGUCGGAGCCCGUCUCGCCCAACCGGGAGCGCAACACGGCCACGCCGCUCUCCUCCUUCCCUCACCAGGCCCGCCACGAGCCCACGGGACGUUCGCCCGUCGACAGCCUCAGCAGCAACGCCAGCUCCUACGAGGGCAACGAGCGGGAAGACCAGUCCCGGGCCGACUUCAGCUCCUCCCUCGGCCUCUUGAGACCCACCACCGAGGCCGAGGGGGAGAACCAGUCCGUAAAGCGCAUGCGCCUGGACGCUUGGGUAACAUAACUGCCUC